CCUUGGUCUUCUCCGGAGCAGAUUCCCCCAGCAGCAGCGGACGAUUGGUGCUUUCUGCGGAACUUUGUUGGCCAAUGGCUUGGAUCGGUGGUUACCGAGUUCCAGACGCACAUUGGGAAAACGUUUCUGGUUAUUUUGUGCGUGAACUUGCUGCUGAUUGGGUUUUACUGGCGGAAAGUAUCAUGACCGAUCGCUUCAUCCGGCCGAGUACCGCCAAGGAAAUGGAAGAGCUAAAGUUGUCAGUGGCACGUCCUCAAUUGCCGAAGGAGCACGGCCCGCGGAUCUAAAAAUGUUCAACAAGCUUAAGAAAUUCAUCGCCAAGCAGAAAGUAAAGUUCGGUACCACUGGACCGGGUCAACAGCUAAACUCGGAAACUCCAGCACCCUCGUCUAGUUUGAGCAAGUCCGGCAACAGUAGCAGCAAGGAUGUGUGCGUUCCAUCGAAGCGAAAGGAACUGUCCAGUGAGGCGAAAGCCGCUGCUAACGCUGCACUAGCCCGGAUUGAA